AGAGAUGCUCCAGCUGCAGGAGGACUACACUGCCAGGGCCGGGCUUCAGCUGUCUGAGAUUUCUACAGAGUGUAGAACCGCGGAAUAUAUGCUGUCCAUGAUAUGGGCGAACAAUGACACUGUCAGAGAGGCUCUUGGUAUCCACAAAGGAACGGUUCCUUCAUGGCUAAGAUGCAACUUCGACAUACGGUACACCAACGAUAUUUUCAGUUCGGUGGAGCACCAUCUGGAUGUGACCACCAGAGGCUACAGAAGCCUGAUCUACAGCGGCGAUCAUGACAUGAUUGUACCUUCCAUCGGCACGCAGGCUUGGAUCAAGUCUCUCAACUUCUCCGUUGUGGAUGAGUGGAGACCGUGGUAUGUCGAUGCACAAGUUGCAGGAUAUACAAGGUCAUACUCAAAUAACCUCACCUUUGCAACUGUCAAGGGCGGUGGACAUACUGCUCCGGAGUACAUGCCAAAGCAAUGCCUUGCUAUGUUUGCAAGGUGGCUUUCUGGUGAGCCUCUUUGAUGGUGUACAUGCAGCCUCCGGUGGUGGUUACUGUGUCCAUCACGUUGUAACUACAUUGUGUCAUGUACCUUGGAGCUAUAGCAAUAGUUGUUAAAGCUUGAUUCACAGAUGCAAACUUUGUUCCGUUCAAUGUAUAACAAUGAGUGGAUAUGGCUAUGUGCAUCGCUUGACGUUUAAGUCGGGGGUAAUCAUCAUUUUCGAAAAAAAUAACAAUGGGGGAAUGUUCGC